AAGUCCCAGUGGCAUUCCUCCACUCGGUUUCUUUAGUCCUGAACGUCUAGGGGAAAAGCAAACCUAAUUGGCCACUGGACAUUUCUAGUCCAUGAAAGAGGUUUCGGUUUUAAGAAAUGAAGUGACUUUGCUGUAAGUUCACUCCCCCACAGGAAAAUAUUGAGACAGAGCUUUCUAGUUCUCAGUUACGAUUUGCAUACAACUUCCUUCCACUUCCUGAUUCAAAGCCUGUUCUGCAACUUACCUGAGACCAGAUAGGGUAGGGAGAGAAAGAGAGAGAAAGAGAGACACCCAAAGCAACCCAAACCCUGAGGACGGUUUAAGAAGUGACAAGAGAGAGGAGGGAGAGCAAAGGACCCUCCUCCCUUUGCCUCUUCCCCUCCCCUGGGCUCUGUCAGGCUUCGUCCAUCCUGAUUCUAAGGAUUUUCUUUCUUUAUGGAUUCCAAGCACAUGUGAAACACUCCAAACACUGAUUGUGCUGUGAGAUUUGAUCUGCUCACUACUCAAAUUGGAAAAAUGACUUCAAUCGCAGAAAAUAGAAUGAGCCGCAGCGUUCCUGUUGAGGUGGAUGAAUCUGAGCCAUACCCACUUCAGCUGAUGAAAUCAUUCCCAGAAUAUUCAAUGGAAGGAGAAUUUGAACCACCUGGUCCAAAUGAUGGCAGCAUGGUACACAGUGGCUCAUUCCCACCUGAAGCUGCCUGCACUCCUCCAGCAGACCCUUCUCCUUCCAGAAAAGCUCAAGAGCUCAUAAACCACUACUGUCUUGCAGAACAUCAGGACAGAUGUCUGCGUAAUAAGAUACUGGAGGAGUGUGAAUACAGCUUCUGGAGGAGACACCCAGCCCGGAAAGAUUUCCCCUCUAGUUCCUCAGCUGCCAGUGAGUCAGUGGUCGGAGCACUCCCCUCUGAGCAUCCGUUUUCACUUAUGGAAAAACACAAUCAGCUGCUGGGAUCUCAGCUUUCAGCAGCUUCUCCUGACACUGGCCAUGACUCAGGCAACUCGGACCAAAGUUUACCUAAUGCAUCGGCAGACUCCCCUGGCAGGAGCCAAGAGAAUGUCCAUCGACACCAGCCCCCUGGGAACCGAGGGCCAUUGGAUUUGCCCACAGUAGACACUGGGUAUGACUCCCAGCCUCAGGAUGUCCUGGGUAUCAGGCAGCUAGAAAGGCCCCUGCCCUUGACAUCAGUGUGCUACCCCCAAGAUUUUCCCAGGCCUCUCAGGUCCACAGAAUUUGUCCAGGUUGGACCUCAGAGGUACCCAGGAUGUGCACAGAUGCUGCCUCACGAUCCUUCACAUGCUCAAUGGAACUGUCAGUACCAUGGCCCAGGAGAGCCAGAUCACCGGGUUCCAUAUGGCCAAGAGUACCCUAGGGCAGCCUACCAGCAAUUGGUACAGCCAGCUCAGCUGCUGCCAGGCCUUCCCGGAUCCUGUGGAAGAGACCUCCAUCCGCCUGUUCAAAAAGUCAUCCUGAAUUACCCCAGUCCUCUCGGCCAACAAGAAAGACAUGCACAAAGAGACUAUUCUUCCCCAGUGCCCCCAAGAUACCAGGGUCAGAUAUAUAACCAGCCACCUCACCAAGCUGCUGCUCAGGAUGAAUCCUAUGAGUAUCCUGCUGACUUCAGACCCCAGAUUAACCAGAUUCCUUCCCCAGCUGCCAUCCCAAGACCCCCUAGUACACCUGCCAUCAGAGGGACUUUAAAAACAAGCAAUUUGCCAGAAGAACUGCGAAAAGUCUUCAUAACCUACUCUGUGGACACAGCUGGGGAGGUGGUGAAAUUUGUGAACUUUUUGUUGGUAAAUGGAUUUCAAACUGCUAUAGACAUAUUUGAGGAUAGAGUCCGAGGCAUUGACAUCAUCAAAUGGAUGGAGCGCUACCUUCGUGAUAAGACUGUGAUGAUAAUCAUUGCAAUCAGCCCCAAAUACAAACAGGAUGUGGAAGGAGCAGAGUCCCAGCUGGACGAAGAUGAGCACGGCUUACAUACUAAGUACAUCCACAGGAUGAUGCAGAUUGAGUUCAUAAAACAAGGAAGCAUGAACUUUCGGUUCAUCCCUGUGCUCUUCCCCAACGCUAAGAAGGACCACGUGCCAACGUGGCUGCAGAACACCCAUGUUUAUAGCUGGCCCCGGAAUAAGAAGAACAUCCUGCUUCGGCUCCUGAGGGAGGAGGAGUACGUCCCUCCUCCAAGAGGGCCUCUACCCACUCUGCAGGUGGUGCCCCUUUGAAGCUGCCCAAGAUCCUGGGGCAAAAGGUGCUGCUGCCUUCAUUUAGACUGGAUGCCAGAGCAUUGCUGGAUAGGGGACCCGAGUGGUGGAUGCAAGCUUAUGCUGAUGGCUGUUUCUAUGGGUAACAUCUCUUGAGCGCUAGUAAGCCCCGUCAGCAUCCAGAUGGACUCUGUCGUUGAUGCUGAGGCAGAAGCAGCACAUGCCUCCCUGAGUUCUUCAACCUACUCCCGGGUGGGAUGUACAGAUAUUUUUCCCCUUUUUAAAAAUCACCUGGGGCGUUUCCCUUAGCACCUUCACAAACAGGUACUGUAAAUCAUAUUGCAAUAACUGUAGACUUUGACAAACACCCCCUAUUUGCUUAAGGAAUCUUUCCUGUUUAGCCAGAUGUAUUUUUCUAUCCUUAAAAUAAAAGGAUUUCAUGUACAACACAAUAAAAUGUUUACUU